UCUAUAUAAACCAGACGGCCUCUCUUUCUUCCUCACAACUUCAAGACUCUUGUCUAAAUCUAUCAGAAAAAAUGAAAAUGAUGAUCCAUUUUUUCCUCAUCAUCUCCCUGGUUUCAUCCACCUCUUUUGCCUCUGUUCAAGACUUUUGUGUGGCUGAUCCAAAGGGCCCUCAAAGCCCAUCAGGAUACUCUUGCAAGAACCCUGACCAGGUCACCGAGAACGACUUUGCAUUCUCCGGUCUCGCCAAAUCCGGAAACACUUCGAAUCUCAUUAAAGCCGCAGUGACUCCAGCCUUUGCCCCUGCUUUCGCAGGCACCAAUGGACUUGGCGUCUCAAUGGCUCGUCUUGACUUAGCCGGUGGUGGUGUCAUCCCUCUUCACACUCAUCCCGGUGCGUCUGAGGUUCUUGUAGUCAUACAAGGAACCAUCUGCGCCGGAUUUAUUUCCUCUGCUAACAAAGUUUACUUGAAGACUCUCCAGAGAGGAGAUUCUAUGGUGUUUCCUCAAGGGCUUCUUCAUUUUCAGCUUAACUCUGGGAAAGGCCCUGCCUUGGCCUUUGUUGCCUUCGGAAGCUCCUCCCCUGGGCUUCAGAUUCUACCGUUUGCUCUGUUUGCUAAUGAUUUGCCUUCAGAACUCGUUGAAGCCACUACGUUCCUUAGCGAUGAAGAAGUUAAGAAGCUUAAGGGUGUGCUUGGAGGAACUAACUAAACUUCUCUUUCGUUUUUUCUAAGUUUUUUUUUAAUUCAUCGUUGAGCAUUAUGAUUUUUAUUUCAACGGUUGUUUUUCGUUUUGAGUUGUGUUCUUUUCGCAAUGUUCCAUUUGAUUGUCUCUUUGGCUUGAAUUGUACUAAUAAGUAAUAAGCAUUACAUUUGAUUGUCUCUUUGGCUUGAAUUGUAAUAAGAAUGUUCCAUCUAAGAUGCUAUUGCAUUAAA